GUGCAAAGGUACAUACAACAAAGGUAGAUCGAGCUGCGGAGAAGGUGGAUCUAGACCUACAUCAGAUUUUGUUGGACGCUCAGUUCUAAUCACUUAAUUUAGUGUCAAUUAACAAAAUGGUUGAGUUUUAAACGAAGAAACAGUAUCACCGGAACUUGUCUACGAAAACGUGAAUUAGACAUUUCUAGUUGACAUCCAAUCAUGUCGGGGGUUUUUAACAUCGUAUCGCUUCUGAUUUUGUGUUCGUGUAUAGGAUUGAUAUGUUGCGUAAGGUACACACCAGACUGGGCAUCUCUGGACUCCAGACCCCUGCCAUCAUGGUACGACGAGGCCAAGAUAGGAAUCAUAAUCCACUGGGGCGUAUUUUCUGUGCCCGCCUUUGCCAACGAAUGGUUCUGGUACGACUGGAAGACAUCCAAGUAUCCGUCUGUUAUUAAUUUUAUGAAUCAGAAUUACCGACCUGGUUUUACCUAUGCUGAUUUUGCACCAGAAUUUACAGCCGAAUUUUACAAUCCGGAUGAAUGGACAGACAUCUUCAGUGCCGCUGGUGCCAAAUAUGUUAUUCUAACCUCCAAGCACCACGAAGGUUUUACCAACUGGCCCUCCAAUGUCUCGUGGAACUGGAACUCCAUGGAUGUAGGACCUAAACGGGACCUUGUUGGUGAACUUGCCGUAGCUGUGAGGAAGAAGCCAGGUUUGCACUUCGGACUUUACCAUUCCUUGUUUGAGUUCUAUAACCCACUUUACCUCAAUGAUGAAGCCAAUGGAUAUAGGACACAGGACUUUGUCAGGAACAAAGCAAUGCCAGAAAUGUAUGAGCUGGUCAACACCUACAAACCUGAGGUGAUCUGGUCAGACGGAGAUUGGAUGGUACCAGAUACCUACUGGAAUUCUACAGAAUUUAUAGCCUGGCUGUACAAUGAAAGCCCAGUGAAGGACACAGUGUUGGUAAAUGACAGAUGGGGUAAUAGUACCAGAUGUGUCCAUGGUGGAUACUGGACCUGUCAUGACAAAUACAACCCAGGGGUUCUCCAAAAGCACAAGUGGGAGAAUGCUAUGACGCUAGACAGGGGAUCUUGGGGAUAUCGGCGAAAUUCUCCUCUGAGUAAUUACCUGACCAUUGAUGAAUUGAUAGAGACCAUUGCUUCAACUGUUAGUUGUGGUGGCAAUGUUCUGGUCAACAUCGGCCCAACAAAAGAUGGACGUGUGAUUCCUAUUUUUGAGGAGCGACUCAGACAGAUGGGACAAUGGCUGGAUGUUAAUGGUGAGGCUAUCUACGCCACCAAACCCUGGACACACCAGAAUGAUACUAUCACAUCUGGUGUCUGGUAUACUUCCAAGAAAACGGUCAAUGGGACAGAUGUAUAUGCUAUAGUGUUGGAUUGGCCGAAGAAUAAUGAGCUCACCUUAGGGUCACCUGAUGUGACUGCUGACACAGUCGUGCAUCUAGUCGGGUACUCUGGCGAACUGAGUUGGAUGCGAGGAGCCAAAUCUGGAGUCGUAGUACAGAUCCCUGAUAUUCCGUUCAACAAAAUGCCAUGUCAGUGGGGUUGGGUCUUCAAAUUUUCAAAUCUUCAAUUUUAGUUUUCUUCCUUCUUUUAACACACACUGAUUUUUUGUUCUUGAUUUCUAAUUGAUGGUAACAAUUCCAUGAUGUACAUGUGCGUCUGAAUUCAACAAACAAGUUACAACUAAUUUAACAAAACAGCAAUUUGUAUUAUAUAAGACUUAGUCAAGUUUAGGGAUGACAUGGUUUUUACAUUUUUCAAGGUUACACGAUAUGCGAGUGGUAUUAUAAAAAUCAAAAUUAUUAAUAUUUCAUAAACUUUCUAUAAAUGUUUUGAUACAUAUGUGAGUGUAAGUAACUUGUAAUAAUCUUGUUAACAUUCCAUCAAGCUUAGAAUGUCGGAAUAAAGCAGUGUUUACUAUAGGCAGUUAUCUUGACUAAUGUGUAAAUAUUGUGGAUACAUUGUAGACUAACGUUGGAGAUUAGAGAGUUGUGGUGAUUCUGACAGUUAUCUUGAUUGAUGUGUGGGUGUUCUUAGGUAGCUUAUGUUGGAGGAGAGUAAUUAAGCUAAUGUGAUUCUUCUUAUACAAUCAAUAUUGAUCAUUUAUCAUAUUUAACAUUCCAGUAAUGUUCAAGUAAGAGAGGCGCUGUAUUCCAGCAAUUGUGUUAUACACUUGUGGAAGUUAGUUAGAUCCUGUAUGAGGAAGGCGUACAUGCAUAUAAUUAUCCUUUACUCAGGGACAUCAUGGUAAAAGCAUUAUUUUUUUUAUUGAUUGUACAUGUUUUAUACAUUUCCAGUGUACAAUUUGACCACAGGAUUUAGUCGGGAAACCCUUCUCAAAUAUAGCAUUGAUAAUUUCACGUGGCUGUUUUGAAAACGGGUCAUUUUUUUAACAGAAACAUCUGAUGCAUGCAGACACAGUACGCAAAUACAUUGUACCUGUUUUUUCGACAACAGAUUUGGUUAUACUUGUUGCAAACAUUAUUUGAUAACUCAAUUCAAUAAUGAUUUUAGUCGAUUCAGAAUAAUGAAAAUGUGACAUUUAUUCUCAGGAUCGUACCAAGUAAUAUUUGUAAGUAACAUGUAGAGCUAACCAUACAUUCACAUCCUCUGUCAAUAGACACUUACCAGCAAUGCCGUAGAAUAUGUGUAUUGUCCAGAUAGCUGCAGCUUCCAUGAACAGGUCCCAUCUUUUGUUUUGUAACUGAUGCUGUUACCCAUUUAAACAGCAGCUGAUUCACUUGGGAAGACAUUUCUGUUUACAGGUGUGUUGUGUGCAUGCGUUAUCAUAUAUUACACAAUAAGUUUACAUACUGUAUACCUGGUAUUUUUCGCCCCAGGUUAUUUUCACCCUUGAGCAACACAAAAGAUAAUCGCCCCGUUUUAAAUUCGCCCUAAACUACUUUUAUGAAAUGUCUUUUCCUCGUUUACAAUCAGAAAAUUCCGUUCGAAAUUCUCUAUACAGUUGCACUCAGGAAGACUCGGGAGUUAUCAAGUUCCCCUAAUUUCUUUUCUUUGUGAAAUGCAAUCAGGUUUGAAAAAUACAACGUUAAACUGUGUUCAGAUUUACUUUUAGCCCCCAAUGGAUUCAAAUAGUAUCAGGUAUGCAUGGGCGAUUUUAAGCAAACACGAUGAAAGGUAAGUUCACCGUGCCAUGACUAAUUACCAGUGUUUUCUCUUGUUCACUUGUACAUCGAUGGAAGCCACAAGCGACGGGGAACUCAUAAAAUGAGCCUUCACAAUGACAAGAAUUGGUGCUAUUUGGUGUGCAUCAUUUUUAAAGUUUUAAUGUUACUUAAUAUUUAUAGGCUUUUUUAAUCAAAUAUACUAACCUAGCACACUAUCUUAGCCCAUUUUCUCGAUUUAACUCAUCGUGAUGUUGCAAAUUUACUAGCCCUAGAUUUAAAUCUAGAUUUUAUUUCACAUGCAUAGAUUGAAAUGAAACAAUGAAUUACUUAAUAAAUUUAGUGUAAAUAUAUAACACAUGUUGCUUGUGAUGGUAUAGAAUAAAACACACUUGAAAAGCAUAUAUUUAGUGUAAAUAUAUAACACAUGUUGCUUGUGAUGGUAUAGAAUAAAACACACUUGAAAAGCACAGGGGUAUGUUUUGGUCCCGAUUACAAUUGGCCUAUGUACGAUGACUUGUAAAUUCUUCAAUUCAGCUUGAAAUUUUUGCCGUCAUCUUAAAUUCACCCUAUCAUCAAAGGGCCAAAAUGGCGAAAAUUAAACGGGGGCGAAAAUUACCAGGUAUACAGUAUUCAGACUGAAUAUCUUAUGAAAAUUUACUUAACAUUCCUGUCAAUCAAUUACUGCUAUUUGUGGAUUUAUGAUAAUAAUAUUCCCCAUUUAUAUAGCGCACUAUCUAAUUUGUAAAAUUACUCUUAUUCGCUUCACAUUACUUGCACAUAUAAGCAAGUGGGUUUUAACCUCCUUCUUGAAUAUGGCCAGGGUUUUGGACUUCCUAAUAAAAGGUAAGCUGUUCCAAAAUGUGGCCACUACUUUUCCAAAGCACUGGUUACCAUAAGUCACAGUAUGAGAGUUUGAAAUGCAUAAUACGGAUUGUCUCCGAUCGUACAUGUAGUGAAGGCUGGUAGAGAGUUACAAGUUCCUGUAAAUACUCCAGAGCUGUUCCAUUAAUUGCCUUGUAUGUGUACAUCAAAAUCUUGUACUGCACAGCUAGCUAAUGCAGUAAAUACACUUGUGUGAAUUGCUCCCUCUUUUGAAUUUGAUGUUUUAAAUUAAUAUCUGAUACUAAUUGAUGAAAAUUUAUUUUUAUCUUAAAUUUUUUAUUUUUUUUUUACAAAUAUAUUACAGUACAGUAUACAUUAAAUAUUUAUUUUAAGUUUUUAAUUAUUUUUUUUAUAUGAGUAACAAGUCCAGGACAUAUGCUGUCCUAGGUAUAUAAUCGGACAUGUGGUGUCCUAGGUAUAUAAUCGGACAUGUGGUGUCCUAGGUAUAUAAUAGGACAUGUGGUGUCCUAGGUAUAUAAUCGGACAUGUGGUGUCCUAGGUAUAUAAUCGGACAUGUGGUGUCCUGGGUAUAUAAUAGGACAUGUGGUGUCCUAGGUAUAUAAUCGGACAUGUGGCGUCCUAGGUAUAUAAUAGGACAUGUGGUGUCCUAGGUAUAUAAUAAGACAUGUGGUGUCCUAGGUAUAUAAUCGGACAUGUGGUGUCCUAGGUAUAUAAUCGGACAUGUGGUGUCCUGGGUAUAUAAUAGGACAUGUGGUGUCCUAGGUAUAUAAUAGGACAUGUGGUGUCCUAGGUAUAUAAUCGGACAUGUGGUGUCCUGGGUAUAUAAUAGGACAUGUGGUGUCCUAGGUAUAUAAUAGGACAUUUGGUGUCCUGGGUAUAUAAUAGGACAUGUGGUGUCCUAGGUAUAUAAUACCAAUCUUACAAUGCGAUAUGAAAUCAAUUUUGUGGUAAACACAUAUAUACAUGGAUGAUAAUACAUUGUAUAUAUUUUAUCCUACCUCAUUGGAAUGAAAUUUUCAUGCUGUGGCAUGCCAUCUGUCUUACAUAAACAUUUUUCUCGAAUUAAGCACCAUUCAUUGAUACAUUGGAAGAACAAUGAAGUAUUUUUUUUUUAAAUUCUUGCAAAGUAUUAUUCUCAGUAAUUAAUUUGCUUUCGCUGAGUGUUUCAAAGCCAAUGAUAUGUUAAAUUGACAGUAUCAAGUUUGUUCCAAUAAAUUACCUUUGUCAAUUUUGUCUCGUACAUGAAUCAAACAUGAAUUAAAUAUAAAGAUGUCAGAAAGUUUUAUAUAGGUCUACAUCUGAAGGUUAAGCUGUAGUUUUUAUGUAAAGCAUUUGUUUGUGUAAUUCCAGUUUCACCAGCUUUGCUAGUCUAUUGAGUGGAACUGUUUGAUCUACUGGUAUAUGUGGACUUGCAUGUACAUGUAAUCAACGUUAUUUCACUUAUGAAGUGUGCAUGGUUGUGAAAAUGUUCAAUAUACCAGCAUUACCUGGUACAAAUAUUGUCAAACCUGGAUUAACAGCUUAAACAACACUUUACUCAAUUUGUACCUUCUGAAGAGUCAUCUGAUAAAUGUCUUACAUCUACAUAUCCAGAUAUGAUAUGUAAAUUAAGGAACAGAAUAUGUUUAGGUUUCUAUCAAGAACUAUGAUCUAGUAAGAAAUCCAAAGAAUCAUGAUCACAUUAUUUAAAUGCUUAAAAUAUUAAUUUCAUUUUAUUCAAAUUAUCUCUAUAUAUUUUUUAUGCAUAUAAUGUACAUGAUUUUAUCACAAUUAAAUUCUUAUUUCAUUUGCAAAAA